CUGUCAGUCGAACUUUAACGGCGCUUGCUAACGGACGCGUUAUACUUGCUCUCUGGCACUCUCUGUCUGUCAUUCUCGCUCCGUCCAAACUCGCAGCGCAUUGCUCGAAACCUUUUGUCGCCGCUGAAACUGACGCUGACGACGCAGCAGCAGCAUCAUUAAGAAUAACAAAAGCACCAGGCCAUUAUAAAUCACAGAACAGACUUGACGUCACCAGCAACGGACCAGCCCAGCCAUCAAUUCCAGCAGCAUGAUCUUGCGAAAUACGAUUGCCGGACAGGUGCUGCUGCUGCUCUUGUACGCCCGGCACACGUUCUUCUCCAGCGCCAAGACAGUCGCCAGCGAACAGUUGUCAAUGGCACUGCCGGAGCCUCGUGCCUAUCUGCCCGACGCCCAGAAUCUGGACUUUGUUUAUCAUGAUCACGAGGAGCUCACCCGAUUCUUAAGAGCAACGAGUGCACGAUAUCCCAAUCUGACAGCGCUGUACUCCAUUGGCAAGUCCAUACAGGGCAGGGAUCUGUGGGUCAUGGUGGUCAGUUCAUCGCCGUAUGAGCAUAUGGUGGGCAAGCCGGAUGUCAAAUACGUGGGCAAUAUACAUGGCAAUGAGCCCGUGGGUCGAGAGAUGCUAUUGCAUCUCAUACAGUACUUUGUGAGCAGCUAUAACACGGAUCAGUAUGUUAAAUGGCUGCUGGAUAACACACGCAUCCACAUACUGCCCACCAUGAAUCCCGAUGGCUAUGCGGUAUCCAAGGAGGGCACCUGUGAUGGCGGCCAGGGACGUUACAAUGCGCGCGGCUUUGAUCUGAACCGCAACUUCCCGGAUUACUUUAAGCAGAACAAUAAACGCGGGCAGCCCGAAACGGAUGCCGUCAAGGACUGGAUAUCGAAGAUCCAGUUUGUGCUGAGUGGCAGUCUGCAUGGUGGCGCCUUAGUUGCCAGCUACCCCUACGACAAUACGCCCAACUCCAGGCUGCUCAAAGGAAUCUGCCGUUCGUCCGCCCUGUGCGCCAUGUUUCAGACCUAUUCGGCAGCGCCGUCACUGACGCCUGACGACGAUGUCUUUAAGCAUUUAUCCUUGGUUUAUGCCCGCAAUCAUGCCAAGAUGUCUAGGGGCGUGGCAUGCAAAUCGGCAACACCCGCCUUUGAGAAUGGAAUCACAAAUGGUGCCGCCUGGUAUCCACUGACCGGUGGCAUGCAGGAUUACAAUUAUGUUUGGUAUGGCUGCAUGGAGAUCACGCUGGAAAUCUCCUGCUGCAAGUUUCCGCCGGCCUACGAGCUCAAGAAAUACUGGGAGGAUAAUCAACUGUCGCUGAUCAAAUUUCUGGCCGAGGCGCAUCGCGGUGUACAGGGCUUCGUCUUCGAUCCGGCGGGCAUGCCCAUUGAACGAGCCUCAAUCAAGAUCAAGGGACGCGACGUUGGCUUUCAGACGACCAAGUACGGUGAAUUCUGGCGCAUACUAUUGCCGGGCUACUACAAGGCCGAGGUAUUUGCCGAGGGCUAUGCGCCACGUGAAGUGGAGUUUGUCAUUGUCGAGCAGCAUCCCACGUUGCUCAAUGUGACACUGCAAGCCUCCAAGUAUAUUGUUGCGCCCGUCGCCACCGUCGCCACCGUCGCCACUGUGGCCACCGUGGCUCCCACUAGCGCCACAACGCCGCGUACCCAGCGCCGGUUGGUGAAAGAUAAACUACACUUACCAACCGAGUAGAAUCACCAAAACGCAGGAGCAACAGCAGCCCCGCGUGUAAAUAUUCGCAGAGUGCUUUAGUCUUAAGGCUUGCCCACUUAGCCCCAACUAGGAAUAACAAAUUCUUUCGCUAGUGUCGAGGGAAAUGAAUGAAUGCAUUGCACUUGAAUGAUGGAUAUGACAAUUUUAAAUUUUUGACCAAAGCUUAGGAUUAAAGUCUCACAACUAGCCAAAUUAUUAUAUUACUCUCCUAUAAUAUAGUGUAUUUUUUAUUCUGUUUGGUUUUGGUGUGAGUAAAAUGUAUGUAUUUACGUAAAAAAUUCACUUGUUCAACAUAAAACUCAUAAUAUAAUUAAGCGUUGUUCUUGUUGUCAAUAUUAUUAAAUCUAAUACUGGUUUUUGGCUUUUUAAUGAGGACAAUAAACAUGGAGUUAGAAUAUCAACUGCUUACAGACCCAAAA